AUGAAGGCGUCUCAGCAGUCCGGAGCGGUGGGUGGUGUAUCCGUCGGAGGAGUAGCGGCGGUGGGAGGCCCCCAGGUCGGGCUCAGUGCCGUAGGGGCCGGUCCCGGCGCAGCGCCCCCUACCGCAGACCCCGAGAAACGGAAGCUGAUCCAACAGCAGCUGGUCCUCCUGCUCCACGCGCACAAGUGCCAGCGCAGGGAGCAGGCGAACGGGGAAGUGAGGCAGUGCAACCUGCCCCACUGCCGCACCAUGAAGAACGUGCUCAACCACAUGACUCACUGCCAGGCUGGCAAGUCCUGCCAGGUGGCUCACUGUGCCUCAUCCAGACAGAUCAUCUCUCAUUGGAAGAAUUGCACACGACAUGACUGUCCUGUUUGCCUGCCGCUGAAAAAUGCUGGAGACAAGAGGAAUCAGCAGUCUCUUGUAAACAGUGCCGGGGUGGGUCUGGUGAACUCUUUAGGUUCAGGGGUUCCCGGUGGACAGUCCAACUCUCCCAACCUGAACCCCCCCAACCAGAUCGACCCCAGCUCCAUCGAGAGAGCCUACGCUGCCCUCGGCCUCACGUACCAGGGGAACCAGAUCCCCCAGCCGUCGCAGGGCAGCAUGUCCAACCAGGGCCAGCCGGGGAUGAGGAACCUCAACUCCAUGGGUGGAAACUCUAUGGGAGUGAAUGGUGGAGUGGGGGUGCAAUCCCCCAACCAGUCGAGUCUACUGCCGAACUCCCUGCUGCAUGGCAGCAUGAGUGCACAGAAUUUGAUGAGUGAUAGUUUGGCGACCCUGAGCUCGAUGCCCAUGGCGACCCCCCCCUCUGCUCCCGGCAUGAGGAAGUCUUGGCAUGAAGACAUCACACAGGACCUCCGAAACCACCUCGUCCACAAGCUUGUGCAGGCAAUCUUCCCCACUCCUGAUCCGGCCGCCCUGAAGGACCGGCGGAUGGAGAACCUGGUGGCGUACGCUCGGAAAGUCGAGGGGGACAUGUACGAGUCGGCCAACAGCCGGGCGGAGUACUACCAUCUGCUGGCAGAGAAAAUCUACAAAAUCCAAAAGGAGCUGGAGGAGAAGAGGAGGACGCGACUCCAGAAGCAAGGCAUGAUGCCCGGCAUCCCCUCCCCUGGCCUCCCACAGGUGCCCCCCAGCAUGGGACAGCCCCCCAGCAUGGGUCAGCCCCCCAGCAUGGGACAGCCCUCUAUUGCUCCUGGACAAUCACCAAAUGGUCCUCACGCCGAUCCGUCCAUGGUCCGACCAGCUGGACCCAAUCAGAUGGUCAACAGGAUGCAGAGUCCAGGAGGAAUGAACCAGUUUAGUCAGAUGGGGAUGCAGUCGAUGGGUCAGAGGUCUCCUCUGCAUGCUCCAAUGAACCAGGUUGGCACCACUGUCUCAUCUCUUUUACACACAUUUCUGGGAAACUGA